AUGGCACGUCAACUUGUUCUUGCACUCAUUUUUGUUGCCAUAAUUGGCAUGGCCAUGGCUAAUGAGGCCCCAUCUGCAUCCCCAAAGGCUUCACCUUCACCAAAAUCAUCUCCUUCAUCAUCAAAAUCAUCACCUGCCCCAUCAGCUGAGUCUCCGUUAUCCUCUCCUCCAUCCCCUACCUCAUCAGAUGAGACUGACAUCUCAACUGCGCCUGCUCCGGCCAGUGACCCCAUCGAGCUCUACGCUCCUGAGCCCGAGCCUUUUGAGGACCCCUUCACCACCCCGGAGGAGACCGACCCGGCCGAUGUCACCAGCGGUGCCUCUGCUCUUCGAUUCUCUACUGCUGUCACCGUCGUUGCCGUCGCUGGCAUCUUUGCCUUCUAA